GCCACGCUUUCUGGGUGGCAACAUGGAGGCGACUAGUGGAACUGAUGAGCUGGUUUCCGGCGAGCUGGUGUCUGUGGCACAUGCUCUUUCUCUCCCAGCAGAGUCUUAUGGCAACGAUCCUGAUAUUGAGAUAGCUUGGGCUAUGAGAGCAAUGCAGCAUGCUGAAGUCUACUACAAGCUGAUUUCAUCAGUUGACCCACAGUUUCUUAAACUCACCAAAGUUGACGACCAAAUCUACUCUGAGUUCCGGGAAAAUUUUGAGAAACUCAGGAUAGAUGUUUUGAACCCAGAGGAACUCAAGUCAGAAUCUGCUAAACAGAAAUGGAGGCCAUUCUGCUUGAAGUUUGAUGGGAUUGUAGAAGACUUCAACUAUGGUACUUUGCUGCGACUAGAUUGCUCUCAGGGCUACACUGAAGAAAACACCAUCUUUGCCCCCAGAAUACAAUUUUUUGCCAUUGAAAUUGCUCGAAACCGGGAAGGCUAUAACAAAGCGGUUUAUACCAGUGUUCAGGACAGAGAAGGAGAGAAAAGGGCUGACAACAGAGGAAAUAAAAGAGCUGACAGAAAAGGAGAAAAAGAGAAAGCCAACAAAGGAGGAGAAAAAGAGAAAGAAGCCAACAAAGAAACCAACAAAGGUGGUGAAACAGCUGUGCUAGGUACACAGGGGACAGCACUCUAGAAGCUGUGACUCACCUGAGCCUUCAAGAACCACUGCUACUUGUAUCCUUUGGUACAAAUGUAUGUCUUUGUGCAGUUGAAGAAUGUGCAAAAAGAUGUAUUUCUAGCUUAAUAAUUAGGAGCUGCUCUGGUCAUUCCCUUGUGUGAACUGGCUUAGUGGGGCCUCAGUUGAUUGUUUCUUGGUAUGUUGUUUUUUGGUUUUUACCACUGGUUAAGUAAGGAGUUUUAUAAAUAAAUGUCUUUCAGUUCAUAUGAUUAUCUAUAUCUGUUCUUGACUAUAAAAAUUAUUUAAAAUUAUUUGAUACUUUUAGCCAUGUCUUAUAUAAAAUGAUUUAUGCCUGUUUCUUAAUUCUUGUCACCCUUUCCUAUAAUGAAGUUCCCUCAUACCUAAUGUAUAAGUCAGGUUCCUGCAGAGAAAAAGAACCAAUAGGAUGUGUGUGUGUGUGUGUUAAUAAGAGAUUUAUUUUAAGGAAUUGGUUCAGGUGAUUGUGGGGGCUGUUAAGUCCAAAUUCUGUAGGUCAGGCUGGAGGCUGGAAAUUCCAGGAAGAGUGAUAUUGAAAUCUUGAGUAUGAAAUCUGUAGGGGAGGCCACCUGGCUAGAACUCAGAGAGGAGUAGAGGGUGUAGUUUUUUGUUUGUUUGUUAUAGGUGAAAAUAUUUUAUUUUUCAUCAGUAACUAGUACAUUGCCAAAUAUACAGUAGGUUUUCAAUAAAUAUUUUUAAAAUAAA